AUGUUUAACCAACCGAUUCGAGCAUCGUUUAUUUCAAAUCAGCGUUAUCUAUACGAAUUUUCUUCGACGACUGUUUUUCGAAAGUGGAAGAUUAUUCCUCUAAUAAUUCCUCUAAUAAUUAUUCAAAUGAAUCUUCUACAAUUCAUUUUCUUACCUUUAGUUCAAGGCUGUGUGCCAACAGGUAUUGGUGGUGAACACUGUUGUCUGCCACUGGUAGCCACACCAAGCAAUACUUCUUUAUCUGAUGGUAUAAUGUCGUUCGAAUACAAUAGUCUUACAUGUCGAACAACAGUUACAGCAUCAUGCUCAAAACCCGCUACGACUUUGGAACAAGUACAAGCAGCAAUCAAAGUUAACCAGGUUUCUUUACUUUCCGUUGGUAUUGAUACCGCCACAACAAAUGGAUUUUGUGAUGUGAAUCGACGAUGGACGAUGGGAACAACGCCUAUAAUGGUUGAAAGCAUUCAAUGUGUUUUGAGCACAUUAGCAUAA